CGAAUCGAACGUCACAUGAUCAUCGAGUCACAUGACUUUGUUUUGGCGAAAAUGGCAGCUAGCGUUACAGCAUCUACUAUAUAUUUAUGUACUGUUUUUAUUGUUUUAUUCAAUGUAUAUGUCGACAGCCAGGAUACUGACGCACAGUUGUGUCAAAUGUGUGAAGGGACUGUACGACAAGACAGUCCUGUCUGGGAUUUCUGCCUAACAAAAGGCCAUAUUAGGGGACGCUGCUGUUUUGGAAAUAAUACCAGCAAUGUAGACACCAUUAUAGGGUUGGACUUGGCAAACUGCUCUAUUAGUCAUGUAGAGCACCUGUAUAAUUCAUCCACUACAUUCAUAGUAGACCUCUCCAACAACCCCAUCUCCAAUCUGAGCGAUUUCAUAUUUCAGGGUUUCAGCCAUCUUACCCAACUUUUACUACCCUCAAAACUGGAGUGUCCAGGGGGCAAUGCAUCAUGGGAGAAGGUUGAAGUGAAAAACAAUGCCAAAAUCUGCGAAGGACAGAAAAAUAUUUGCAAUCAGACUGCACAGAUGCCCUGGGAUUGCCCUGAAAACUCAUUCUGCAGCCCAUAUGGACCAGGGUUCUUUGAGUGUAGCUGUCUGCAUCAUUUCCAUGGAUACAAGUGCAUGAGACAGGGCGAGUUUCCUAUAGUUAAGGUGCUUGGGAUACUAACCGGAUCUAUAGUUGUGGUUUCAUCUUUACUCUGGUUCACACAAAGACGAAAGGUCAAGAACACUUGAGUUUUAAAGAAAACUGACUGUUGGGCUGACAGUGGAGCCACAAAAUGCAUCAAGCUUACUGAAAAUGGUGCAGGAGACACCAAAGAGUUUCAUACACUGGAUGGUAUGAACCAUCUGCUUGUUUUUUUAUACUUGCCAAAAGCAGGUUUGCAUGACAUAAUUUUUUUUUAAAUGUUAAAAAGUUUGCAGUUUGUGUUGAAUGUUUUACUUUCCUUUAACCCUAAAGGUCCUUAAAUCUUUUUAUUUAUACAUUUUUUGAAAGGUUUCAUGAAUACUAUCACAUUUUCACAGCCUUGAUAAGGCUGGUCUGUAAAGGGAAAACUGACCGUAGAUGGACCUCGCCAAUUGUGUUUGGAGGGCAGCCACAUUUCUGACUUAUCUUUAGA